UGGUCUUGCUGCCCUCCACCCAAGGGCUGCUGCUGCUCUUGGGUGGUGGGAAAAUAGAUUCUCCAGGGAAAAUGAGUUUGAGCCAGCUGGGCUGCGUUUGGGUGGCCCAGAAACCCCGGUCACACUGUUCACACAACCUCUCCAGAACACAUUGCUCACAUUGAACACAGGCACUCCCCAGAGAGCGUCUCGGGGCUCAGGGCCCCCCGGGAAUCUCUAGGAGGCAUGGAAUGGGUGGAAUGGGCCCAUGAGCAGCAUACACACUGGGCAUGGUUACAAAAAGCCACACCUCCUCAGAGCCCUCCCUCCCCUGAGAACCUCGGAGGGGUGUGUGUGUAGCUUUAAGAACAGACUGGCAAAAGCAGGGCUCCUGGGAACACUUAGGAAAAUCUCCCCGAGGUGACAAUCCCCGGCAGCGAUGCCAGGAUGCCCGUCUCUACUGCCCUCCACCAAGAUGGCAGCCAGGAGCGGCCACCGAGCCUGAUGUCCACCACUUCCUCAUCUGGCUCCUCCCGUGACAGCCGCAGUGCCAUGGAGGAGCCCGCCAGCUCAGAGGCUUCAGCCCAGAACGGGACAGGCUCCCCCUGGGGCCGGCAUGCUCCCAACAGCAACAACAACUCCAGUGGCUGGCUGAACAUGAAGGGACCCCUCUCCCCAUUCAACGGCCGUGCAGGGACGGGUCCUGCCCAUCACAAGCUCAGCUACCUGGGCCGGGUGGUGCGAGAGAUUGUGGAAACAGAGCGCAUGUAUGUGCAGGACCUGCGGAGCAUUGUGGAGGACUACCUCUUGAAGAUCAUUGACACUCCCGGGCUCCUGAAGCCAGAGCAAGUCAGCGCCCUCUUUGGGAACAUAGAGAGCAUCUAUGCACUGAACAGCCAGCUUCUCAGAGACCUGGACAGCUGCAAUAGUGACCCUGUGGCUGUGGCCAGCUGCUUCGUGGAAAGGAGCCAAGAGUUUGAUAUCUACACUCAGUAUUGCAACAACUACCCCAACUCAGUGGCAGCCCUGACAGAGUGCAUGCAGGACAAGCAACAGGCCAAGUUCUUCCGGGACCGGCAGGAGCUGCUCCAGCACUCCCUGCCUCUGGGCUCCUACCUGCUGAAACCUGUCCAGCGCAUCCUCAAGUACCACCUGCUGCUCCAGGAAAUUGCCAAACAUUUUGAUGAAGAAGAGGAUGGCUUUGAGGUGGUAGAGGAUGCCAUCGACACAAUGACGUGUGUGGCCUGGUACAUCAAUGACAUGAAGCGGAGGCAUGAGCACGCAGUUCGGCUCCAGGAGAUCCAGUCGCUGCUCAUUAACUGGAAGGGACCAGACCUGACCACCUAUGGAGAACUGGUCCUGGAAGCCACCUUCCGCGUGCACCGCGUACGCAACGAGAGGACUUUCUUCCUCUUUGACAAGAUACUGCUCAUCACCAAGAAGCGGGGCGACCACUUCGUCUACAAGGGCCACAUUCCGUGCUCCUCGCUGAUGCUGAUCGAAAGCACCAGAGACUCUCUCUGCUUCACCGUUACCCACUAUAAGCACAGCAAGCAGCAGUACAGUAUCCAGGCUAAGACAGUGGAGGAGAAGCGGAGUUGGACUCACCACAUCAAGAGGCUCAUCCUGGAGAACCACCAUGCCACCAUCCCCCAAAAGGCCAAGGAAGCUAUCUUGGAAAUGGACUCCUAUUAUCCCAGUAGGUACCGCUGCAGCCCAGAGCGGCUGAAGAAGGCGUGGUCCUCACAGGAUGAGGUGUCUACGCACGUGCGCCAAGGUCGCCGGCAGUCUGAGCCCGGUUAUACCCUGUUCAGCAGGGCAACACUUCCCAGCAGGCAGCAAGGAUUGGAGAUGCCAGGCCUUAAGGGCCGUAGAAAGUCGGAGCCAACCAGACACCUGCUCCGGCAGCUGAAUGACAAAGCCAGAGCAGCAGGAAUGAAGCAUGCAGGCAGUGCCGGAGCCCUCCUGGACUUUGAGCAGCCGCCCCGUGCCCGGGGCCUGCAGCCAGAGGCUGAGGGGGCUGCCACGGAGGAGCUGGAGGAAGAGGAGGAGAUAGUGGAGGAGGAUGAACAGCAGCAGCAGACCUUCCCAGUCUCCCUGGAGGACUUGGCAGGGCAUGAAGGCAGUGAGAAGGUGCCUGGGCCAGAGCUCCCAGGUUCAGAGGAGGAAGAGGAGGAGGAGGAGGAGGAGGAGAGUCUAGCAGUGGCCGAGCAGGGGAAGAGACACAGGGAGUCUGAAGACUCGAAAAGCUGCAGAAGGCCCAGCAGCCGGUCUCCAACCAGUGCGGAGAAACGCAUGAGCUUCGAGUCUGUUUCUUCCCUGCCAGAGGUUGAGACAGAUCCUGAGCCUGGGGCCGAGCAGGAGGCCUUUACUGCCUUGGAAGAUCCCAGCACGGAGAUGCCUUCAGACCCAGAAUCUCCAGAAGUCCUAGAAACACAGCUUCAUGGCCCCAAGGGGCUGCUGGAGGUAGACGACCCGGUUGAUGCGGUGAACUUUGUGGAGGCUGAGGGCACUGAGGACCUGAAGGCCCUGAGUAGUGAGGAGGAGGGAGAGGAGGGAGCCGCCCAGGAGCCCGAGAGCCUCCUGCCACCCUCAGUGCUAGACCAGGCCAGUGUCAUUGCUGAGCGGUUUGCCAGUAGCUUCUCUCGGCGGAGCAGCCUGGCAAUGGAGGAUGGCAAGUCUAGUGGCCUUGGGACACCACGGCUUAUCAGCCGGAGCAGCAGUGUCCUCAGCCUGGAGGGCAGUGAGAAGGGCUUAGCUCGGUGGGGCAGCACCGGGGACUCCCUCGGCAACCCACCCACCCCUGAAGUGGCCGUCAGUGUAGACGUGGUCACGGACAAUGGCCCUUCUGUCAACGGGACAGAAUCUUCAAACGUAGGCUCAGGCUGCCCUACAGAACCGGACAGAUCUUCCUGCAAGAAAAAGGAAUCGGCCUUGUCCACCCGAGACCGGCAGUUGCUGGACAAAAUUAAGAACUACUAUGAAAACGCAGAGCACCACGAUGCGGGCUUCAGCAUCCGUCGGCGGGAGAGCCUCUCCUACAUCCCUAAAGGAUUGGUGCGUAGCUCCGUGUCCAGGUUCAACAGCCUUCCCAAGCCAGAAUCAGAGCCAGCAGCUCCGGUUGGGUACAAGAGGCCGGGGAGUUCUCGGCCAGCCUCAUGGGCCUUGUUCGACCUCCCAGGACCCAGCCAGCCAGGCACAGGGGACCUAGCUCCUGUCACAGAUGCCGAGUUCCGCCCGUCUUCAGAAAUUGUGAAGAUAUGGGAGAGAAUGGAGUCUUCGGAGAGGAGUCCGAGAACGGGGCCUGGCCAGAGCCAGGCCAAUGGCUUUGAGCUGCAAGAACCGCUGUUCAUCUUGGAGGAGCAUGAGCUGGGGGCCAUCACUGAGGAGUCUGCCGUUGCCUCUCCGGAAAGUGCCUCCCCCACUGAGCAGCCCAACCCGGCCCACCUGGCCCGGGAGCUGAAGCAGCUGGUAAAAGAGCUGAGCAGCGGUGUCCAGGGGGAGCUGGUGACCCCACUGCACCCCCGGAUUGUACAGCUCUCCCAUGUGAUGGACAGCCAUAUGAGUGAGCGUGUCAAGAACAAGGUCUACCAGCUGGCCCGCCAGUACAGCCUCCGAAUUAAGAACAUCAAGGCGGCUAGGCCACCUCUGCAGUGGGAUAAAGCAACUCCUGACAGGGAUGAGCAGAUCCCCACCACCUCUGGCCUGCCCGAGGAAGCCGGAGAGUUGUUGGGGGGCAAAGCCAGGAGGAGGCCUGUGCUAUCCCUCCUCAGCUAUGAGCAGCUGAUGGCGCAGGAGCACGGCACCUCCAAGUCGUCCUCUGCUGCGGAGACCUCCCCACGCCGAUUCUCCCUCAGCCCCUCUACACUCAGCCCAAGAACCGCCUCCCCCGGGUCCCGGCCCUCCACUCGGAGCCCCCUCAGCCCCUACGACACUGAGACCUUCAACUGGCCCGAUGUCCGAGAGCUCUGCUCCAAGUAUACGUCCCACGACAAGGCUGCCCAAGCUGAGAGCAGCUGGCCACGCGGCCUGCUGGUCAACCGGAGCCACUCCUUGCCUGAGAACAUAGUGGAGUCUCCUGCGUCUGGCAAGGUGGGCCGCUCCUGCAGCCUGAACACUAAGAGGUGCCAGGGAGGUGGGGAGGCCUCCCAGCCUCCACCUCCUGAGUCUCCUCCCCAAAGCAGGCUGAAUGGAGAUGAAUCCCUGUACAUCACCGCAGACCUGACCCUGGAGAACAACCAGCGAGUGAUUGUCAUGGAGAAGGGGCCCCAUCCUGGCUCCACUGUGGGCCUGGAGGAGGGAGGCAGGAAGGAACCGAGUUCAUUCGUAGCUUUGAAGGGACAGAGCCAAGGUUCUGAGGAGUCUGCAGAGUACCAGCCCAAGGAAGAAGGUCCCAAGGACCCAGCAGACGCAAACAAGCAGGGUAGAGUGAGAAACCUGAGGGAGAAAUUCCAAGCCUUGAACUCUGUGGGUUGACUUGACUCCUGAAUUCAGGAGAGAACAGCCACGUUGGGGACUGGCGUGCUUCCAAACCGGGCCUGGCUCACUACGGCUGUUCCUCCAUUCUUCUGGAAGAGUGCUUUGGGGAACAUGUGUGAACUCACCUGCUGCCUGUGCUGGCACGUCCUCACCUCCCCAGGGAGGUCCUACGAUAACUGUCCUUGGGCCCAGAUGAGCCACGUAACUUGUAAAUACUUCUCUGAUAAGAAGCCAAAUAUUUUAUUU